AGUAUUGUUGAAUCUAUUAAUAAAAGUAACGUUAUUUGAAGGGUGACCAGGAGAUAUCUAAAUAGUUUGUGCCUCUAUUGUUAUUAUUUUAUUUUUCUGUGUUUUUUGAUCUUCUUCUUCACUUGUGUGUUAGUUGCCAAUUGAACUGCAAAAACAUCACUUAGACUACCAUGUCAACUUCCUUCCUCCAUUCCCCAUCAUUCCUCACUACCAAAAUCCCCAUCUCUAAACGCUUGAAUUCCAAUUUUAAUUCCAAUUUCAAUUCAUCCCACCGCAAAUUUUCUCCAAUAAACUCACUCAAUCGAUCCAAUGAAACCCCAAAAUCCUCAAACAAUCUCCAAACAAUCUUAACAACCCUCACCAAAAUCCUAUGGUCCAAAACCCUCCCACCCCAACUCCUCAUCUCCACCGUCCGUUCCGCCUGGACCACCACUUGGCUUCUCAUGAUGUCCCAGCUUGCCCCAUCUGACACCACUGGUAAUUACUCCAGACCCACUUCCCAAUUUCGCGCCAAAACCAACCAACUUUCCCGCCACAACCUAACCAACCUCCAUCUAUACGUGGGUCUUCCUUGUCCCUGGGCUCAUAGGACUCUCAUUGUUAGGGCUCUUAAGGGUCUUGAGGAGGUCAUCCCGGUGUCAAUAGCAUCACCGGGUAUUGAUGGGUUGUGGGUUUUUGGUGGGGAGAUGGGUAGUGAUGAUAAUGCAAAUGGGUGUAGUACUUUGAAGGAGGUUUAUAAGCUUAGGAAAGAUGGGUAUGAUGGGAGGUCUACUGUUCCUAUGUUGUGGGAUGUGGAGAAUAAAGAGGUUGUUUGUAAUGAGAGUUAUGAUAUUAUUCAGUUGUUGAAUUCUGGGUUCAAUGAAUUGGCUAAUAAUCCGGGUUUGGAUCUCGAACCGCAUUCGCUGAAGGUAAGGAUUGAGGAGUGGAAUCGCAUCAUUUACCCUUAUGUGAAUAAUGGAGUUUAUAGGUGUGGGUUUGCUCAAACCCAAGAGGCUUAUGACGCGGCUGUGAGUGACUUGUUUGGCACAUUAGACAUGUUGGAGGAUCAUUUGGAGAGUUCUCGAUACCUUUGCGGAGAUUCGUUGACAAUUGCUGAUGUCUGCUUGUUCACUACCUUAAUCAGAUUUGAUCUUGUUUACAAUGUUAUGUUCAAGUGCACUAAGAAGAAAAUAGUGGAAUAUCCAAAUCUUUAUGCAUAUAUGAGAGAUAUUUAUCAGAUUCCAAAGGUUGCAGAAACUUGCAAUUUGAAAGCAAUGAUGGAUGGCUACUACAAGUUCUUGUUUCCGUUGAAUCCAGGCAAUCUUCGGCCCAUCAUGCCAUCUGGUUGUGAGCAUGAAGCUCUAUCUAUACCUCACAAUAGGGAGUUACUGUCAUCAUCUUAUGAAAGUUUGCAUACUAGUACUUAUAAUCGCAAAAGGAAAAAAUGAAAACGAACAAGAAAGGAGGAACACGCAACAAGGACCUGCCUCGCCAUGGAUAUCAAGCAGCGAAUGCUAGCACCUUUCUCCUUUAGUCGGAGUUGGACCCGGAAAUAAGUGUUGA